CCCGCCGUGGCCUGGCUGCUGGCGGCGCUGGGCGCGCCGGCGCCGUCCCGGGGGCAGCUGCACGGGGAGAAGGGCAUCUCCAUCCCCGACCACGGCUUCUGCCAGCCCAUCUCCAUCCCGCUCUGCACCGACAUCGCCUACAACCAGACCAUCAUGCCCAACCUGCUGGGUCACACCAACCAGGAGGACGCGGGCUUGGAGGUUCACCAGUUUUACCCCUUGGUGAAGGUUCAGUGCUCGCUGGAGCUCAAGUUCUUCCUGUGCUCCAUGUACGCCCCGGUGUGCACGGUGCUGGAACAGGCCAUCCCACCGUGCCGCUCCAUCUGCGAGCGGGCGCGCCAGGGCUGCGAAGCCCUGAUGAAUAAGUUUGGGUUCCAGUGGCCCGAGAGGCUGCGCUGCGAGAACUUCCCCCGGCACGGCGCCGAGCAGAUCUGCGUGGGGCAGAACCACUCGGAAGAUGGCGGCUCGCCGGCCUUGCUCACCAGUGCCACCCCGCUGGCCGGGCAGGGCACGCCGGGCGCCCCUCGCUACGCCACCCUCGACCACCCCUUCCACUGCCCGCGGGCACUGAAGGUGCCCAGCUACCUCAACUAUAAGUUCUUGGGUGAGAAGGACUGUGCGGCGCCCUGCGAGCCCACCCGUCCCGACGGCCACAUGUUCUUCAACGAGGACGAGAUCCGUUUUGCUCGGAUCUGGAUCCUCAUCUGGUCCGUCUUGUGUUGUGCCUCCACCUUCUUCACGGUCACCACUUACCUGGUGGACAUGCAGCGUUUCCGCUACCCCGAGCGACCCAUCAUCUUCCUCUCGGGGUGCUACACCAUGGUGUCCGUGGCCUACAUCGCGGGCUUCGUGCUGGAGGAGCGGGUGGUCUGCAACGAGCGCUUCCAGGAGGACGGCUACCGCACUGUGGUGCAGGGCACCAAGAAGGAAGGUUGCACCAUCCUCUUCAUGAUGCUCUACUUCUUCAGCAUGGCCAGCUCGAUCUGGUGGGUCAUCCUCUCCCUCACUUGGUUCCUGGCCGCUGGCAUGAAGUGGGGCCAUGAGGCCAUCGAGGCCAACUCCCAGUACUUCCAUUUGGCCGCCUGGGCCGUGCCGGCCGUCAAGACCAUCACCAUCCUGGCCAUGGGGCAGAUUGACGGGGACCUCCUGAGCGGCGUCUGCUUCGUGGGCCUCAACAACAUCGACCCUCUCCGGGGCUUCGUGUUGGCCCCUCUCUUUGUCUACCUCUUCAUCGGUACCUCCUUCCUCCUGGCCGGCUUCGUCUCCCUCUUCCGCAUCCGCACCAUCAUGAAACACGGCGGGACCAAAACGGAGAAGCUGGAGAGGCUGAUGGUUCGUAUCGGGGUCUUCAGUGUCCUCUACACCGUCCCGGCCACCAUCGUCAUCGCCUGUUACUUCUACGAGCAGGCGUUCCGCGAGCACUGGGAACGCAGCUGGAUCAGCCAGAACUGCAAGAGCUUGGCCAUCCCCUGCCCGCUCCACUUCACCCCCCGCAUGACCCCCGACUUCACCGUCUACAUGAUCAAGUAUCUCAUGACUCUCAUCGUGGGCAUCACCUCCGGCUUUUGGAUAUGGUCAGGGAAAACCCUCCACUCCUGGAGGAAGUUCUACACGCGACUCACCAACAGCAAGCAGGGCGAGACCACGGUGUGA